CGAGCCAUCUGUCUCCCCGGUGAGGAGCUCCCGUUCGCAUCUUUUGGGGUGGGGGGGCUCGUCGAUUUCCCUGGGAGGAAUGGCCCCCACGCGCAAACACACAGCCAGUGACCACCGCAACGGAGGACUGAAGAUUGACAGAAAGGUGAGGAAACCUCUGGUGGAGAAGAAACGACGAGCUCGUAUUAACGACAGCUUACACGAACUCAGGGCUCUCAUGGCGGAUACAGAGAGCCACUCAAAGAUGGAGAACGCCGAAGUGCUGGAGAUGACGGUCAAACGGGUGGAGAGCAUCCUACAAAACCGGGCUCAAGUAGAGGCGGCGGCUGUCAAACGGGAGGCAUGCGAGCGUUUCGCGGCCGGUUACAUCCAGUGCAUGCACGACGUGCACACUUUCGUGUCCAGCUGCCCUGCGAUGGACCCCGCUGUGGCCGCUGAGCUGCUCAACCACCUCCUGGAGAGCAUGCCCCUCCACGGCCAAGACCGACUCAGGGCCACGCUCUUAGAUGCGGACCCCCACCCCGGACCCUGGUCCCCAGCGGCCGUGGCCGCGCCGGGCUCGCUGGUGUCGCCCGCCCCCUCCGCCGACGACCUCUCCUCGGACCUUGACGAAAUCGACUUGGAGCAAAGCCAGGUUUCGUCUUCCGAGGAGUCCGAACAGAGUCAGGUUUCUUCGUCUGAGGAGUCGGAGGUGCAGGAUGCCCCGGGCUGCGUGUCCUUAAAUGUCUCCAAAUCAGUUUGGAGACCCUGGUAGAUGAAAGAGUUUCUAAUACCGCAUUUUAAAGCAGGGAUGCCAAACUCAAUUUCAAAACUUAUAAAUGACCUGGUUGACUAAAAAUCUACACAAACAUAAAGAAUACAUGUAUUUUUUUUGCAGUCAUUUUGGUUUAUAUAAUAUAUAUUUUUAUAUUGUGACAGUAAGUUAAAAGUGACUAAGGCAAUUAUGAAAUUCAAUUUGGUUGGAAUAAUUUCAUAAUUUUAAGUUCGUAGUGACACGAUGCUGCUUCAUUUAGCUCAGCUUUUGCAAAUAUCCAAUCAGUCCCCGCCAAACCACUUCAGUGGUCUCGAAGAUUCCUCGGGAACUAAAAGACAAAACAACAAACCGAUUUAGCCAGAAACUCAAAGUAGACCUACCAACAAAUGUUGUGAGCCCCCAGAUCUGACCCCCAGGCCUUGAGCUUGACACCCGUGUUCUAAAGCCACAUCUAAAUGUGUGUAAUAUGCAAAAUAGUUAGUACUUUUUUUUUUCAUUAUUUUUUUUUUCAAAAAGAAAAUCCGUGACCUGUGAGGUCACAUUUUUGGACGCUUACAGCCUCAAAUAUUGUACAUAAUGUUUUAUUAAACAUGAGCUGAAUAGAGCAGUGGGGUUUUUUUGUUAUUUUUUUUUUUAAGUAUGAGUGCUCAAUCAGCUAAUUAAAAAAAGAAAUUACGAGCACUAGAUGGUGACUAAAUCUUCAAAAAAGAAGUUGAAGUUUACUUUCAAAGAGAGUUACAAGUGCAUUUAAAGUCACGUUAGUUGGCCUCAGGAAAGUUUGCUAGCUUAAUGCUAACACACAAUGGGAAACGCCAGAGAAGGCUAAGAAAACUAGCAAUGAGAGCGCUAAACUUUCGCUGUCGUUGGAAACCUUUCAACAACUUACAUUUGAUCACAAAUGGGAGCAACACAUGUAGACAGAGGAACAAUACUCGCAGGCAUGUUUUUUUCUCCUUUGCGAACUACUACUUAACAAUGUUUGCAUCUUAAUUGUGACAAUUUUUGUCUACCUGCAAUUCCUUUGCAGUUCUUUUCAUUCUAUUUAAUUAUGUUAUUACAGUAUGUUUUUGUACCGUACAUUACAUUGGGGUGUUUAUUUUCUCAAAAAACCUGCAAAAUGAUUUUUCAGUGCUUUUGGACAGGUGGAACGGAGGUUACAAUUCUAAAAGUAACUGCAUGCUUGUUCUUUGUACAGAUAAAGAUGAUAAGGUAAAUAUAUCAAGCUCACCUGCGAAGUGUACAUGCUGAAUAAAAAUGUAUUUGUUGCAGAAAAGCAUAAUCCCACCCCACACUGACUGAAUGACAAAUGUGCACAAUUUGGACAAGAUUGACGAUGAACAUUCUGCCUGUCAGGAUACGUCGCUGACAAACAAAAAACAAAGCUACAUUAUCGCUUACGAUGUUUGGGAAACAACACAGAAGUACAUUGUCAGAUUUGUGUAAAUCAUUUCUCCCUUUGUAGUGCUUGAAAUGCAUUUCACAACAGGGAACUUUUUCAAU